AUGGCACCGCCUGGGCUGGAGGCUGCGUGCCCCUUUCAAGGAGGCCACAAGAUUCAGCCAAGCGAGGCCACCUGGGAUUCCUACGCGACCACAAUGAGGACUGCAUUCACGCCCAAGACGGGAGCGGUGCCUGCUUUAAUUCGUCGAAAGGGUAUCAGAAGACUAGGAUAUACCUAUUCUCUUAGUGACCCUAUUCCCAACCAGACACAAUACAACGAUGAGUAUGUUUGGAAAUCACGUUCUAAAGAAGACUGGAUCAAAACCGGGACUUCAAGAGGAGUCAGGAGCCAAAUACCUCGCCCCAGUCAAGAUUUCUUUCUCUGGACGUUGCCUCAGGGCCAAUCAACAGCAUCAAUAAAGAGCCACCUCCCUUGGAAAAUCGCUGCUACAAAGGAAGAGGUAAGGAAGGCAAUAGCAAAUCAGUUUAUUUCUAGUACUAGAAGAGACUUUGUGGGCACAGCAAAAGCUCAGGAGAUUCAGGAAAGUUCUCAGAUGUCGCUGGGAUUGAAAAAGUUACUUCCUGGACCUGCGGACACUGAGUGUCGAUGGAAGUACCAAGUUCCAGCUAAAAUUCCUGAGCUUCAGGACUUUAGCCUCAGAUAUGGAUGCUACUCAAGCCUCCCAGUUGCUUCUCAGGGUCUAGUCCCUUCCGUGCUGUACAGCCACAUGAGGAAUCAAGAACACACAAAGAAGCAGACUACGUACCAAAGCGAUUAUGGGAAAACCUACCUGGAUUUCUUAGUGAUUUUAAACUCAUUUACUCCCUCUCAAAUCACAGAGUACCUUCAGCGUCUUUCCUACAAAGACAGACAAAUUCUUGCUCGCUUUAUUCGCUCUCACUGUGGCGUUGACAUGGGACAGGAAAAUAACGGAAACGGUACAAAUGAAGAAAAUUGA